GUGAUCAUGGCUACUGAACGUGCAAAGUCUCGCAGUGUGACAGAACAGUUUCGUAUGGGACCUUGGCUGAUCACAACCAGAAAGAGUCACAUUCUAGAGUCAGAAGGUCCACAGAGACAGACGUUUGAAAGUAGUCUGAGAUUGCCACAAGUACCUGAGAUGAUAUUUGCUGACAAUGUUUUACGCAUUCAGCAUGAUGAUGGCUUUGGUCUGGAGUUCAAUGCCCUUGACGCUUUGCGGCGCGUGGAUGCUGAUCACGAUCCUCUCAAGGUGGCUGUUUCUGAGGCUUGGAAGGAAGCCAGAGCUGAUUGCGAACACAUCAACGACGUACACAAACCAUUUGAUUGGACGUAUACUACAGACUACAUGGGCACACUGUUACACAAUGGAGACCACAAACUGAACGUGACAGAGACGUCUGACAGAAUAGAUUUAGAAAAACUUAAGCAGCGGGAAAAAAUUAUGUUCUAUGAUGACAUUGUGCUAUUUGAAGACGAACUGGCUGACAAUGGGGCUUCAGUUUUAAAUAUCAAAAUUAGGGUUAUGCCUUCAAGUUUUUUCCUCUUGAUGCGCCAGUUUAUGAGAGUAGAUAACGUGAUGAUACGAGUCAAUGAUACAAGAGUAUAUCAUGAGGCAGACAAGAACUACUUUUUACGAGAAUUUACCAGUAGAGACGAUAAAGUAACUGAUAUAAAGCUUAAACCACAUCUGUUCACAGACCCGAAUGAAAUGGCAAAAUGUUUGACAGUGAGGAAGGAAGUAUUUGAAAAACUAGAAUUUCCUUUGCCUGCGAAACAGAAUACAGCCGUGUCAUGACGUUCAGCUGCAUGUUAUAGUUGUAAUUAUCGCAUCGUCUCAUUUUAGUGUACAUGUAGCUUUAGUUGAGGCGGUUGUGUCUCAGUGCAGCCUGGUAUGAUCCGUGCAUGAGCCUAGUUUCUCCGAGCUGUCUUAAUUUUUGAACGGUUUUGAGAUAACAAAGUGUCAUUGAUAUUUACGAUUCUAUUCCUGACCAAAUAUUGAAGUAGAGGAAAAGACUUUUUAAGGACCUUGGGGCUGGUUUCAUGAAGCUCACUGGAUAGUUACGUAAGCUCUUAACUACCAUGGCAACGUAUGUUGUAGAGAUAUAGUCCACUUAGCAACGGGCAAUUUAACACUAAGUAAGCUUCAUGAAACUGACCUUUGGUCUUGUCUCCCUGCAGCAAAUCGUCCUUCGACCAAUGAGAUCGCAGACCUGCUGGUUUGAAUCCAGAUAUUUUUUGUUUGGCUGCAGCUUUAAGGCAGGGUUUAUGCUGGUGCUGGGCAAAGAGCUGUGGUUACUCUACAUACAAACUUUCUGCUGUUAUAAAAUUGGGCAAUUCUUACCAGUAAGCACCGAUGAAGUACAUCACUAAUGAUCUGUACUAUGAACUUUUCCUGAAUAGCAAUUGUCCUCCCAAGCCAGGAACAAUAGCAGUUUUCCGCACAUUUUCACAAGCUCUUCAGCUUGAAUAUCGCAUGCUAGUUUAGGUGUGAAAAGUGUGUCUUUUUUUUUUUUUGUGACAUUCUAUGUAGAGCUGUCUCAACAUUUUUGCUGUUACCCCUUUCACUUUCUUAUAAUUUGAUUAGAGCUCUUCGGUGCUCAUAUAUGUGUCUUAAAAUGUCUUGAAAUCAUUUGGCAGCUUCUGUGGGAGAGUGUUGUGCGUGCUAGCGCAACACGUUGACUCUGGAACCUCUCACCAUUGUGGUCAAUAUGAGUUCAAAUCCAGGUCUCGCUGGCUUUCUCUCCCGUCAUGUGUGGGAAGGUCUGCCAGCAACAUGCAGAUGGUCAUGGGUUUCGUCCCACAGAGAAGCUGCUUGCUGUAGUUUUAAGUGAAAUGUUCUUGAUUGCAGUGUAAAACUCGAAUCAAUUAAGUAAAUAAAAUAAUCAUAUUAUGUAGAUCUGGAAAAAAUGAAUCAUUGAAGACACAUUUAUGUACAAUAGAUUAUUUGGCAUACAUUGGUUACAAUAAUUGUCAUCUAUUAUUAUUUUCAUGUAGUGAAUGAAUUUUCAUGUAAUUGUACAUUAUAAUAUGGGAACAUUUAUAUGCUUUACACAAUGUUUCAUUUUUUACACCCCAGUGCUGUCUCAUUCUUUGUACAUUAUUUUUCAUUAAAUGGGGGACAGUCUUUGUGUUUGUGCCAUGUGAACACAUUCAGUCUAAGUUUGCAGUCUCUGGAUAUUAGGCAUGUGUUUAAGCGGGACUUGAUAUAACAGCUUGCUAAUGGGUGUGCUUUGAGUUCAAGUCAAGCUCGUGCUGGCUUCCUCUCCGGCCAUACGUGAGAAGGUCUGUCAGCAACCUCAUUGGUUUCUGUCAGCAACCUGCGUAUGGUCGUGGGUUUUUGCUGGGCCCCGUUUCCUCCCACCAUAAUGCUGGCCGCCGUCGUAAAGGUGAAAUAUUCUUGAGUACGGCAUAAAACACCAAUCAAAUAAAUAAAUAAAUA